UUGCAUAACCACGCCAUGCGGCUCGGCCCCGCCCCUCGCCGGCUGCAGCCGCGUCCGGGCGCUGUUUGCUCCCAGUUCCCUCCCAGUGCUCCCAGUAAGAGCCAGACUGGGAGGGAAAGCGCUCCCGAGUCCUGCCCGCUGCUCCCGGGAUCGCUGCCGGGGCCGCGCGGGGCGGGGCCGCUUUGGAACCCCCCCAGGGCAGAGCGCGGCUGCUUUUGGGUGUCGGCACCGCCCGGGCAGGGCUGGGAGCGGAGGAGGAGCGGGAGGAAGAGGAGGGACACAGGAGGAGGAAGAGGAAAGGCAGGAGCGGCAGGAAGAGGCGGAGCGGGAACACGAGGGACAGAGGAGGAGGAGGAGGAAGACGAAAAGCGGGAGGGAUUUCCCGCCCGGGACCCGCAGGUGAGCGGGGAGGGGGAGCUCGCCCCGAAUCCAUCGCGGGGCUCUCCGGGAGGGUUUUUGUGCGGCCCAGGGCGUGUUCGGAUCUUGCAGGAGCCCGAAGCCGAGCCGGAGAUGGCCCUGGAGGGCUCCGGGCAGCAGCCGGAGGGAGAGGCCGCUGUGAGCGGCUCCGCGGCGCAGGAACGAAACGGGGAGGAAAAGCCGCGGAGAUGCCGCACGAGGAGGGGCUGCAAACGCAGAUCUCGGGGCUCCGAGCACGAAAGAUCUACCCCGGGCCGGGGAGGCGGCCGCAGCUCGGAGCUGGGGGUCCCUGAGCAGCCUCAGGAUGGGGAGAAGCCCCACAAGUGCUCGGAGUGUGGGAGGAGAUUCAGGUUCAGAUCCCAACUCAUCGUCCACCAGAGGAGCCACACCGGGGAAAAGCCCUACGAGUGUGACCAGUGCAAGAAGAGGUUUCCCACCAGCUCCCAUCUCCUCCUGCACCAGCGGAUUCACACGGAUGAGAGGCCCUUCCGCUGCCCCGACUGUGGGGUGGGCUUCAGGCAUAACUCGCACCUCGUCACCCACCGGCGCAUCCACACUGGGGAGAGACCCCAUGAAUGUGAGCAGUGUGGGAAGAGCUUCAGCCAGAGCUCCCACCUGAUCAUCCACCAGAGGAUCCACACCGGGGAAAAGCCCUACGAAUGUGGGGAGUGUGGGAAGAGCUUCAGCUGCAGCCCCAACCUCAUCAGACACCAGAGGAUCCACACUGGGGAGAGGCCCUACGAGUGUGACCAGUGCAAGAAGAGGUUUGCCAACAGCUCCCAUCUCCUCCUGCACCAGCGGAUUCACAUGGAUGAGAGGCCCUUCCGCUGCCCCGACUGCGGGAUGGGCUUCAAGCAAAACUCCCACCUCGUCACCCACCAGCUCAUCCACACCAGGGAGAGGCCCCACGAGUGUCCCCAGUGUGGGAAGAGCUUCAGCCACGGCUCUGCCGUGAUCAAACAUCAGAGGAUCCACACGGGGGAACGGCCCUACGAGUGUGGGGAGUGUGGGAAGAGCUUCAGGCACAGCUCUAACCUGGCUGUGCACCAGAUGAUCCACACCGGGGAGAAGCCCUAUGAGUGUGACCAGUGCAAGAAGAGGUUUCACACCAGCUUCAAUCUCCUCCUGCACCAACGCAGUCACACAGAUGAGAGGCCCUUCCGCUGCCCCGACUGCGGGAUGGGCUUCAAGCAAAAGUCCACCCUCGUCACCCACCGGCGCAUCCACACCGGGGAGAGGCCCCACGAGUGUCCCCAGUGUGGCAAGAGCUUCUCCAGGAGCUCCCACCUGAUCAGACACCAGAGGAUCCACACGGGGGAAAAGCCCUACGAGUGUGGGGAGUGUGGGAAGAGCUUCAGCAGGAACUCCAACCUCAUCAAACACCAGAAGAGCCACACCGGGGAGAGGCCCUACGAGUGUGACCAGUGCAAGAAGAGGUUUCCCACCAGCUCCAAACUCCUUCUUCAUCAGCGGAUUCACACAGAUGAGAGGCCCAUCCGCUGCCCCGACUGCGGGAUGGGCUUCCAGCGUAAUGACCACCUCAUCAGGCACCGGCGCAUCCACACCGGGGAGAGACCCUACAAGUGUGAGCAGUGUGGGAAGAGCUUCAGCCAGAGCUCCCACCUGACGCUCCACCAGAGGAGCCACACGGGAGAGAGGCCCUACGAGUGUGACCAGUGUGAGAAGAGGUUUCCCACCAGCUCCAAACUCCUCGUGCACCAGCGGAUUCACACUGGGGAGAAGCCCCACAAGUGCUCGGAGUGUGGGAAGAGCUUCAGGUGGAGAUCUGAACUGACCAAACACCAGAAAAUCCACACGGGGGAGAAGCCCCACAAAUGCUCGGAGUGUGGGAAGAGCUUCAGGCGGAGAUCCCAACUCAUCGUCCACCAGAUGAUCCACACUGGGGAGAGGCCCUACGAGUGUGAUCAAUGCAAGAAGAGGUUUCAGACGAGCUCCAAGCUCCUCGUGCACCAGCGGGUUCACACGGAUGAGAGGCCCUUCCGCUGCCCCGACUGUGGGGUGGGCUUCAGGCAUAACUCCACCCUCAUCACCCACCGGCGCAUCCACACUGGGGAGAGGCCCUACAUGUGUGAGCAGUGUGGGAAGAGCUGCAGCCAGCGUUCCCACCUGAUCACACACCAGAGGAUCCACACGGGAGAACGGCCCUACGAGUGUGGGGAGUGUGGGAAGAGCUUCAGCACGAGCUCUAGCCUCACUCUGCACCAGAGGAGCCACACUGGGGAGAGACCCUACGAGUGUGACCAGUGCAAGAAGAGGUUUCCCACCAGCUCCCGUCUCCUCCAGCACCAGCGCAUUCACACGGAUGAGAGGCCCUUCCGCUGCCCUGACUGCGGGAUGGGCUUCAAGCACAACUCCAACCUCAUCAACCACCAUCGCAUCCACACCGGGGAGAGGCCCCACGAGUGUGAGCAGUGUGGGAAGAGCUUCAGGCAGACGACCACCCUGAUUGCCCACAAGAGGACCCACACGGACGAACGGCCCUACGAGUGUGGGGAGUGUGGGAAGAGCUUCAGCCAGAGAUCUACCCUGACUCUGCACCAGAGGAGCCACACUGGGGAGAGACCCUACGAGUGUGACCAGUGCAAGAAGAGGUUUCCCACCAGCUCCCGUCUCCUCCAGCACCAGCGGAUUCACACGGAUGAGAAGCCCUUCCGCUGCCCCGACUGUGGGAUGGGCUUCAAGCACAACUCCACCCUCAUCAGGCACCGGCGCAUCCACACCGGGGAGAGGCCCCACGAGUGUCCCCAGUGUCGGAAGAGCUUCUCUAGAAGUUCUCACUUGACCCAACACCAACGGAGCCAGCACUGAGGGAAGCCCUGUGAGUGCCCCGAGUGCAGGAAGAGCUUCGUGCGCUGCUCCAGCUCCAUCCCCAAUGGGAGGAUCCCCAGUGACCCCCGGUGGGCAGAGCCCCGGUGAUCCGCGGUGCCGGUGAUCCGUGUUGGGCACACACCUGGCUGGGGGCUGCAAAUCCUCCUGGCUCCCCGUGGCCUGGAUUUCUUUUUCAUUUCUGUUUAUCUUUCCAAAGCCCUCAACAAUGGGGUAAAAAUAAAAAUUUUGACGAAGACCUGGAUGGGGACAUGGGGGAAUUUUCCAGGGGAUAUGAGGGCUGCUGGGUUCAAGGGACCUGAGGAUUCUUGGCAGUGACUUGGGGGUUUCUCAGGGCUUUGUGCUCCCCAGGCUGAGCAGCUCCAGCUGCGCUGGGAGAACCUGGUGGAGGUUCUGGGGCAGCUGAUCAAGGGCCCCCUGCCCUGGGACUGUCCCCCUGUUCCUGGUGUCCCCUUUCCAGGAUCUCCCUUUUCCCACUGUCACUCCUCUUGCCUGUUCCUGUGUCACCCCACUCCUGGUCCUGUCCUGCUCUCAUCCCAGUCCCCAUCUCUUUCCCGCUCUCAUUCCCUGUCCCGUAGUCUCUGUCUGGUUUCAGCUCCCACAUUCCCAGUCCCAUAUUCCCUGCCCUGUUUCUGUUCUCAUAUUCCCCAUCCUGCUGCAGGUCCUGGAUUUCCAUUGCUUUUUUCUCUGUCCUGUUCCCAUAUUCCCAUUCCUAGUCCUGCUCCUGUAUUCCUGUUUCUGACAGUGGCCCCUCUUCCUAAUCCCCAGCCCAUAUUCUCUCUCCACUUCUUGCUCCUAUAUUAUUUCCUGUCCAAUUUGCACAUUCCCCUGCCUGGUCCCAUUCCUGGUCUCAGUCCUGAACUACCUGUCCCAUUCCGGUAUUCCCGUUCCCGUUGCUGCUCGCUGUCCCCAUUCCCUGGAUCAUUCCCAGUCCCUGUCACCUAUUUCCAGUCCUGUUCUCAGGCCCUGUCCUCAUUCCCAGGUCCUGUCCCCAUUCCUGGUUGUGUCCCGUAUUCCCUGUCCCAUUCUUGGGCCCAGUCCCCAUUCCCAGUAUCCUUCCCAGUGCCUGUCUCCUAUUUCCAUGUCCAUUCCCAGUGCCUGUCCAUGCUCCGAAUCCCUGUCCACACUCACGGUCCUUUCCCUGUGGCAUUUCCAGUCUUGUCCCUGUUCCCUGUCCGUAUUCCCGGUACCUGUCCCCAUUCGCAGUCCUGUCUGGUAUUCCAGGUUCAAUUUCGGUGACAUUCGCUAUUUUUAUACCCAUUGCCAAAUUCUAAAACCCUGUCCCCAUUCCCGCUCCCUGUCCCCAUUCCCUUUCCCC